AUGGACGAGCAGAUUCCUACAUUUCUUGCAGUAACAGGGUGUGAAGAUGAAACAAUUGCAAGACAAAUUUUAGAAGCUACAGCUGGCGAUCUUGAUAUGGCUGUGACGCUAUAUAUGGAAUCUGGUCAACAUGGUUCCCAGCUGAAGACAAGUGACAACAAUAAUAAUGGUUAUACUUCUAUGCUGCAUGGCCUAGAUGACGACGAAGCUUACGCUAAACAGUUGCAAGAAAAGGCUUAUGAAGAAACUAAUAAUGUACGAGAAGCUGAUGCAAACGUACAUCGACAUGAAACCUUGGUAGAUUCGUUUCCCAGGUUUGGAAGUGCAAUUAAUAGACAAGCCGACUUAUUCGGACGGAGACAGCAGGGAAUAUUCCAUCAAGGCUUUGAUUUCAAUUCUAACAAUAGUAGUAAUAACUCACGCCUGGUUAAUUCUUAUAAUGCAUAUGAUGAGGAAGAGAUAGAUGAUGAUGAUGAUGAUAGCGGUGGUGCGGUUGAAGAAGAAGAGGAAGCAGAUGAUGAUGAUGACGAUGACGAUGACGAUGACGACGUCGACAAUGAAUAUUACCAAGAUGCUGAUGAUAGAACUUCUCAGUCUCGCCGAAUUCAAAUUUUGGACUCAGAUGAGAAUGAGGAUGAAGAUGGCGAAAUGGAUAUGGAGAGUUACAGUUUAAGUAGAAGGAGAAACAUCAUCAAUGGAAGAAGAAGGCAAGCAAGGGAAGCGCGAGGCGUACAAUUGAACUCAGUACAGAGAAGAUUAGCUAAUCUUUUCCGACCUCCGUUUGAUAUAAUAAGCGUGUUGACUUUGGAUCAAGCACGGAGUUUAGCUAAGGAGGAGAAAAAAUGGAUCCUCAUAAAUAUUCAAGACUCUACUGAGUUUCAAUCACAGGUUAUGAAUCGUGAUUUCUGGUCAAACGCCAGGAUCAAACAAGUUGUUCGAGAAAAUUUCAUCUUUUUACAGUAUCAAAGGGACUCAUUUGAUGGAGAAUCGUAUGUCAAUUUUUAUAAUGUUGACGGAUUCCCUCAUUUGGCAAUUCUCGAUCCAUUAACUGGAGAACGAGUGUAUAAAUGGGAAGAAGGAAAAGUGCCACAAGUGGAAAAAUGGGUGGAGGAAGUUUAUGCAUUCAGCGACGAGUUUUCAUUGGCACCCGAUUCCAAAAAUCCAAUAGUUAAACAUGAACAAAAAAUCGAUCUCGAUAGAUUGACUGAGGAACAACAAAUUGAUUUGGCCUUGAAACAAAGUGUAAUGGAUAAUAAUGGGAAAACCAAGGAAAAUGCAAUUGUAUUGGAUAGUGAUGAUGGUGGUGAAGAAAUAACACAAGAACCAUUAAAGCCGCUGGUGGUUCUGACUUUUGUCGCUGAGACUGAUGACGAUAAUCGUUUUGAAAGCAUUAAACCUAUUGAUCACAAAGAACCUUCUGAGAAUCCCACAACGCGUAUACAAGUACGAUUCCCCAAUGGGAAAAGACUUGUAAGAAAACUAAGAUUAAAUGACAAUAUCUUGAUAUUAUUUGAAUGGUUGAAAUUUGUACUAAAAGAAAAUGCAACAGAGUAUGGAUUAGAUAUGAAUGAUAAGUUCACCCUUUCUAUCAGUUCAAACAAGUCUUUUAAAUUUAUUGAAAAUCUAGAUAAAACCAUUGAAGAAGCUAAUUUGAAAAAUGCAAGUAUUUUAUUGGAGAAGGACUAA